GUUAAAGGAGAUUUCUGUCGGAGACUUGAAACCCAAUGAAACCGUACAAGCCAAUUUGGAGGCACAGCUGCUGUCUAAGCUCGAUCAUCCAGCAAUUGUCAAGUUCUACACCAGUUUCCUAGAGCGCGAUAGUUUCUGCAUCAUUACAGAGUAUUGUGAGGGUCAAGAUCUACAAUGUAAAAUUGAGGAGUAUAAAGGAGCUGGUAACUCGUUCUCUGAAAGUCAGAUCCUUGAGUGGUUUAUACAGUUACUGCUGGGAGCCCAGUAUAUGCACGAAAGGAGGGUACUUCACAGAGAUCUAAAAAGCAGCAACAUCUUCUUAAAAAAUAACCUUGUUAAAAUAGGAGACUUUGGGGUUUCUCGGCUUCUGAUGGGAUCAUGUGACCUGGCCACCACAUUCACUGGGACUCCUUACUACAUGAGUCCAGAAGUACUGAAUCACCAGGGCUAUGAUUCCAAGUCUGACAUAUGGUCUCUGGCGUGCAUUUUGUAUGAAAUGUGCUGCUUGGAUCACGCAUUCACUGGGCACAACUUCAUGUCGGUUAUCUUGAAAAUAGUAGAUGAAGAGACUCCUUUGCUGCCCAGCAGGUGGUCAAGCAAGCUCAAUACAAUCAUGCAGAGCAUGUUGGAGAAGGAUCCCUCACAGAGACCUUCAGCUGCAGAAAUCCUGAAAGUACCUUAUAUUGAUGAGCAGCUGCAGAAUAUAAAAUGCAAGCUCAUAAAUAUGACUACAAAAGACAAGACUGUAACCUCUCAAAAAGAAACUCUUCAGAUCAGGAAUGCAUUACAGAAGAAGGUUCACCUCCAGACACUACGUGAACGAUCUGAAGUACAGAAAAUGACCCCGCGAGAGCGAAUGAGACUCCGAAAAUUACAGAGUGCAGAUGAGAAAGCCAAGAAACUGAAGCAACUGGCAGAAGAGAAAUAUCAGGAAAAUCAUCAGCGUAUGCAAAGGCUAAGGUAUCAGCAUUUUGAGCAAGUCAGCGUGGAUGUCCUGCAUGAAUGUAAAGAGCAGCCAACUCCGUCACAUAUGAAUCAGUCACAGCCAGUCAGUCUACAGGAUUACCAGUCACUACUUCAACCAGAGCCCAAGGCAAAGGUGAAUCAAGAUAGACUGUGUAUGUCUGAGCCAGCAGAGCAUGAAAUACCUGAAGAUCCUACAGCAGCUGAAGAAUAUUACUAUGAAGAUGGAUUUGAGUCCUGUUCUGAUGAAAAUGUAGAGAUUGAAGAAUCAGAGGAAGAAUUAGUGUGCACCACAUUCAAAACAUAUGAACAGGACACUGAUGUUGAAGCCCUGGUAAGAUGUAUGGAGGAUGUCCUAGAGAGCGAUUCAUUAGACAGUGAUACUGUCACCGCUGUGGCUCCAGCGAUGCCCCAGGGAGCGACCGAUCUCAACUGCACCAUGGCUCAGACCAAGAUGAAACGCAUGAGGGAGUCAGCCAUUCAGAGGCUGGAAGCAGAUGUCUUUCAUAGAGUUUAUGAUUACCUGAAGAUGGCCCGGGAGCAGAAUGCAAAUGAGACUGAGGUGAAGAAAAAACUGGAAAUGAUGGGUGCCCGGCCGAGUGAUUGUUUUGAAGUUGACCAACUUCUGUACUUUGAGGAGCAGCUGAAGGCUGCAGAAUCCAAGCACGAAUACCACUGAUCAAUUCUCAGUCCACUCCAAGACCUGCUAACAAUUGGGCCAAUGAAGGGAGCAGUCCUUGAGGCUGGUGUGCUAUUAAGAACAACUUAUUGAUCUUGAAUAUAAUGAAAUGCUAAUUUGAAUCAAUUUAGUUUCCAAAGACGCAUUAUGUUAUGCAGCAUUUGCCUGGUCUUCUGGUAUUUUCUAAAAGCUGUCAACACAUUUCAGCGACAAUUUUUUUAAAAAAAAGAAUCUUCGGUAGCAUGCAGCCAUUAUUCUCAGAGGUUGCAGAUUGUUUCUUACAUUUCCUAUCAAGUUUCUAAAAUUUACAUUUUUAGAAAAAGAUAAAGCUGGCUUUCACCAGCAGCUUGAUCUUAGACAGUAUGAGCAAGUUCAUUGUGCCUUCUGAAAUUCACAUCCAGAGUUGUAUUCUGCAUCAACCUCCGCUCCCCACCUCCCACCCCGUAAAAGAAAAACUGCAGGAAAUAUCAACAAUCAAUAACUUAAAUGUGCUUUUCAGUUAUUUGUACAUACUGUCUGUCUCCUGUGUUUCUUUAACAAUACUCUUUGUGCUUGUUUUGUAAUUUUAUUUAAAUGGCAACAUAAGCCCAAGUUUAGUCUGUAAACAUCUUUUUGUGUAAUGUUUUUUGUUUUGCAAAGUUCAUUGGCAAUGGAUCAGCAACCACCAGCCAGUACUGUUAAACACUUUGUGACAUCCUCCCAUGAAUGGCAUUAUAUACAGUAAAUGCAAAAUUGUAUUGUAUCUAUUUACCCAAAGUCAUGUUGCAUAGUGCAGUGAUUAAUAGGAAAAGCUGCAUCUUCCAUAUUGUAGGUGAUACACCCACUUUCACAGGUCAUUAUAUUUUGACUUGGAAUCCUUGUAAAUGUGCCUGAAAUGGUAACACAGAUCUUACUACUUACCUUUGGAUAAAUACCAACUAAUAGUCACCAAUUCCCAUUUUGUGGCACUAUUGUGGGAUAAUUGUAUAUUGUUACUAUACAUCUUUACUGUUUUUAUUCUACGGUAUGUUUUUAUAUAAAAUUGCAUAAUUUCGUCCGUCAUC